CCCAGCAGGUCCCAGUGGACAUCGUGAGAGAGAAGACGCAGCACGUUAUACUGAUGAUUGGCGGCCUUUCCCGCCUUCUGGAUGUUCUGCGAGGCGCAGGCGACAGAGACUGCACCCGAGCCCCGCGACGUUUGUCAACGACGGUUGACGGUAGCAAGCCUCUGCUCCAUCGUCUCUGACGUGAUGGCCAGACGAUGUAGCAGCGCAAAGGCGUCCCAGUUCUCUUUGAUGAUACGCCACUGGCCCGAACCACCGUACUGGCCACCGGCGGCGAAAUCACCCAACUGCUUUCGAUUGCCGUCAUCCGCUGGGUCAGUCCACAUCUCAGAGGGUGUAGCACCGCUGCCAGCCGUUCCUUUGAGCGAGAUGUUGCGAAGGCACGAGUCUCUGGC